CAUGCGUCACCUCAAGUCUGCCAUCCGCUGUCCUUCCGGCUCAUCUUUCUAUCUGCCCCCUUCUUGUGUUUCUCACCCCUGGGAGUGGCUCCUCUCUCGCGGGACUUAACAUCAAUUCACCGCCCCUUACACGUCUGCCCAGAAUGGUCGUGUCGAGUUGUGUCCAUCGCACUCUCAUGAGUCGUGCACGUACCAUGCGCCUGGCAAGUAAUCUUCCUCCUAACAGAUGGGAUGAAUUUGUGGUCACUUCAUGCUACCUUUCUAACCGUGUUUCCGUCAAAUCACAACAAGGUCUUACACGCUGGUUUGGCUCCAAACCCAACCUCUCGCAUCUUCGGGAGAUCGGCUGUCGUGCAUUUGUUCUCAUUCAAAAUGUGCACAACCCAAGGAUCCAUGCACGCUCCAUCGAAUGUGUGCUAAUUGGCUACUCUGCCGACUCCAAAGCAUACUGGUGUUACCAUCGUCCAUCUGGCAAAGUACUUCCGUGUAUCAUUUAUUGAGUCCCAUGAAGCCAUCUCUCACCCAUUCUGUGCUUCCGCUCAUCCCCCUUCUGAUACACAUGCCGUCCCACACCCUGUGUCAUCCUCCCCUCCUGUCACUCCGGUACCCCCCAACUUCGUCGGUCGUCACGCAUCUCACCACAGAACGACAAUGCACUGCUAACGACAUGCCAUAUGUUUCUGCAGCAGACCGUCGCCAUGCGAUGCAAGCAUCUGUGACUAAGAUUCCUGACGAGGACACAUCACUUAGCGCACCUGGCACCAUCUCUGAGGAGGAUUUGGCAUCACUAGUCGACAUUUUUGCUGCCUCUGUCCCUGAAGACUUCACACGGGAAUGCCCUGACGACCCUACCACCUAUGUCGAGGCUAUGGCUUCCCCCCAUGCAACUCAAUGGCGACUUGCACUUCAGGAGGAGUUCGACUCCCUCAAACAAACUGGCACUUACACACUCGUCCCUCCCUCAGAUGUGCCCCGAGGCCGUGCAUCAUGAAGACCUGUCUUCAAACUUAAAUGGGAC